CUUCCAACUCCUGUUUGGUUCUUGAUUUUGUAUACUCCUACCCAUGGAGUCGCACGUGCAAUUCAGCGAAACGAAGCCGUUUUGGACCAAUGAGAAGCACAUGCACUUCUUGAAUUCCAUGGAAGCUUCUUUUGUGCGAUCAAUGUUCAAAAAUCGGAACCAUCGCCGCCUUCUACGGCUGGACCGCCACCUGUCGGACACCGCAGACUCAACCCUAGAUUCGCCUCAUAAGAACAGAAAAAAGCAUUCCAUCUCCGUAGGUACCAGAAUGGACGGUAGAUCUAGCAGGAGAUCAAGACGGAUACCAUCUCUACCGCACACUUCAAUUCAAGAUCAGGUGGUCCCACAGAUGGAAGAGAGAGCAGUUGAAGACGAAGAUGAGAGAGACCAUCCCAUGUCACCUGUCAACUAAUAAAUAUAAUAUUAAUUAUUAUUAUUAUUUCAGCUGCAUUUUUUUCCCAUUUAGUUUCUUCAUUUAAUCCUCGUGUCUUUUCACUUAGUUUGUUAAUCUUCAAUUAAUGAUGGGAAAUGAGUGAAAGCG